CCUGCUCCUCUCUCUCUCGCACUCUUUCUUUCACACACACACACACACACACACACACACAGAGGCACGCACAAAUGGCGGACGUAGUACAGUAUAAGCUGGAGCGCAUGGUUGAGGAGCUCGAAGACCUGAAAGUCCGAGGCCUUUUUUCCUCACUCGAGCUCGCCGAAAUCGUGAAGCAGAGACGCAAAUUGGAGUACAGGCUCAAACGUCACAGCCCUCUAAAACAUGACUUCUUGGAGUACAUAGAGUACGAAAAACAGGUCGACGCCCUUCGCCGUCUGCGCAAAAAGGCUGUGGCGAGAAAGUUGAAGGAAAAAGGGAAUGAGAAAUCGAAGAAAUUGAAGAAAUCUAAAAAAUCGAUUUCGGAUUACGCGGGAGUUUCUAGGAUUGUUGAGAUUUAUCGAUUGGCUACGAAUCGGUUUAAGGGAGAUCUUCAGCUUUGGUUUCAGUAUUUGGAGUUCUGUAGAGAACGUAGAAACAGAAGAAUGAAGCAGGUCCUGGCUCAAGUGAUUAGGUUUCAUCCAAAAGUACCCGGGGUUUGGAUUUAUGCUGCCGCUUGGGAGUUUGACCACAACUUAAAUGCUGCAGCUGCUCGUGCUCUCAUGCAAAGGGGGUUGAGAGCAUGCCCAAAUUCAGACGAUUUAUGGAUAGAAUACCUCCGUAUGGAACUCACAUACCUUAAUAAGUUAAAGGCUCGGAAGGUUGCUCUGGGGGAUGAUGAGGGAACACUAGUUCGUGAUCGUCAAGAUGAAGAUGAGAAAGAAUGGCGAGAUGAAAACAAAGAACUAUUUAUGGCCCUUAACGGGAAAAAGGAGAAUGACAGGGUAUCAGAUGUCCCAAAUGACGAGGCCAAGAAGAAAUUAGAUUUGUUUCGGGAGCAAGGUUCGAGUAUUUUUCGAACAGUUUACAAUGGAGCACUUGAAUCCCUCCCUUCUAGUUUCAGUCUCAGGACACGGUUUCUCGAGAUUCUGGAAGCAACAGACUUGGCAGAUUCAGAAGGAAUGCGAAAGGAGAUCCUUGCUGACAUGAAAAGAGAUUUUUCAAGGGAACCAGAGUAUUGGGACUGGCUUGCAAGAGUUGAAACUGUUGACCAUAGCAGUACACAAAAGAUGGGUAAAGAAAUUAUGCCUGAUCAAUUACACAAAGCAAUACAGGUUUAUGACGAGGCUUUAAAUAUUGUGCCUUCAGCCACGAUGGUUAAGCUUUAUGCAAAGUUUUUGAUGGAGCUUGUUGUUCAUGAAAACGGAGAAAUACAAACUACUGAAGUCGUCAGCACCUCUGGUUAUACUGUAGAUCCUGUUUCACAUGUAUUGAUGGUAUAUGAAAGGGCUGAAACCAUGAGAUGCUGCACCAAAGAUCUUGCUUGCGAACAUGUUUCAUUUUUGAUGCAACUGCAAAGGUUAGAUGAAGCAAGGAAGCUGGCAGAGAAGCUUUGUAGUGGUAAACUUUCAAAUGCAGUGAGUCUAUGGGUUUUACGACUCUCAAUAGAGAUGAGAUGUGUUAGAAAACAAUCUCCUUCUCCAAGCAAAUCUGAACUGUCGUCGAUCUUUGAACUCCUGAAAAAUGUUCUGAACAAAGUUGCCAUGUCAGAAGCUGAGAGCUUGUGGCUUAUGGCCCUCAAAUUUUUUGCAAACAAAGGGCGUUAUUUUGAUAAGCUGGUAGAGGUUUCCAUGGUUUUAUUGGCUAAAGAUGGUGACAGCGAUAGUGGAUUUUCCCUUUCUUCAGCAAUUGUAAAUUUUGUUCUUCAAAAAGAUGGAAUACAGUGUGCGAGAGAGAUGUAUAAGCGAUUUCUAGCUUUACCUCAUCCAGGUCUUGCAAUAUAUAGAAAUUGCAUUGAACUGGAAUUGAGCCUUGCAUCUGCUGGUGACAAAGGUUGUCUUGUAGAAGCCCGGAAGUUAUAUGAAUCUGCACUUACAACUUAUGGGCAAGAUGCGAGCUUGUGGCGAGCUUAUCAUUCUAUGGAGAUCAAGAUGGGAACACCAGAAACUGCUGCUGCUGUCCUUUGGCGUGCACGAAAAACACUUAGAGACGACAACAUUGCAGUACUUGUUUAUACAGUUUUGUGAUGGAAUAUCUAUAUGCCAAUCACUUUCAAUUUUGACUAGCCCGAUCUUUCUUUUUUACGUAUCUUUGUUCUUUCCCCCCUCAACCAAUUGAUGUGUCCGAGGGGGGAAAACGUGAGAGCUAGUCAUUAGUUGAUUUUUGGGACGGAAUCGUGCAAACUUAUUAUAUUUUUUAUGCCAUACCCAACCAUAGGAUCUCUGUUUGCUUUUGGAUUUGCUACUUGAGAUGAUACAACUUCAGGGCAACGAGGUGG